ACUUAUGAAUAUAUCUUCAAGUGGCAUCCCGGUAUUAGUUUGAAUAGGAUGGGUUGAAAGGAUUGUAGACAAGCGGAAGAACAAGAAAGGAAAAUGGGAGUACCUCAUCCGGUGGAAAGGCUACGGGAGCACGGAGGACACGUGGGAGCCGGAGCACCACCUCCUGCACUGUGAGGAAUUCAUCGACGAGUUCAACGGGCUGCACCUGGCCAAAGACAAGAGGGUCAAGUCCGGGAAGCAGGCAGGCACCUCUAAGCUCCCGCGUGACACCCGCAGCCCUGCGUCGGUGGAGAAGCCCUCCCACAGGCCUGCGGAGCCAGGAAAGAGCAAAGGGACUUCCCACAAGCGGAAACGGAUCAACCCACCCCUGUCCAAGCCCAGGAAGGGUUACUCAGGCAAACCCCCCGGGACUGGGGACAGGGCUGCCAAGACUGUGUCCUACAGGACUACCCCCAGCGGCCUGCAGAUCAUGCCCCUGAAAAAGGCCUCAAAUGGGCUGGAAAAUGGGGAUGCCAACUCCGAGAAGGAUGAGAGACACUUUGGAAACGGGUCCCACCAGCCCGAUGUGGAUUUGACUGAUCAUGUUGGGGAGCAGGACACCAGCAGUGGCGAAUGUGACGGGCCCCACUCGGCGCUGGUGGAGAACGGGCUUGGUUCCGCUCUGGCCAACGGGGGGCUGAACCUGCACAGCCCCGCAAAGAGGAAACUGGAGACUGAGAAGGACUAUGUCUUUGAUAAGAGGCUCAGGUACAGCGUCCGCCAGAACGAAAGCAACUGUCGGUUUCGGGACAUUGUGGUGCGAAAGGAAGAAGGCUUCACGCACAUCCUGCUGUCCAGCCAGACCUCAGACAACAACGCGCUGACGCCCGAGAUCAUGAAGGAGCUCCGGCGAGCACUGUGCAAUGCGGCCACAGACGACAGCAAGCUGCUGCUGCUCAGCGCCGUGGGGAGCGUGUUCUGCAGUGGCCUGGACUACUCCUACCUGAUUGGCCGCUUGUCCAGUGACCGGCGAAAGGAGAGCACUCGGAUUGCGGAAGCCAUCAGGGACUUCGUGAAGGCUUUCAUCCAGUUUAAGAAGCCCAUUGUGGUGGCCAUCAAUGGGCCAGCCCUAGGCCUGGGCGCUUCCAUUCUGCCCCUCUGUGACAUCGUGUGGGCCAGUGAGAAGGCCUGGUUCCAGACACCCUAUGCCACCAUCCGCCUCACCCCGGCCGGCUGCUCCUCCUAUACCUUCCCCCAGAUCCUCGGUGUGGCACUGGCCAAUGAGAUGCUGUUCUGCGGGCGGAAGCUCACUGCUCAGGAGGCGUGCAGCCGGGGCCUGGUGUCGCAGGUCUUCUGGCCCACCACGUUCAGCCAGGAAGUCAUGCUGCGUGUCAAGGAGAUGGCAUCGUGCAGUGCCGUGGUGUUAGAAGAGUCCAAAUGCCUGGUGCGCAGCUUCCUGAAGUCGGUGCUGGAGGAGGUGAACGAGAAGGAGUGCGUCAUGCUCAAGCAGCUCUGGAGCUCCUCCAAAGGCCUGGACUCCCUGUUCAGCUACCUGCAGGACAAGAUCUACGAGGUCUGAAGCCCGCGCACAAGGGCCUCUGGCUGCGCCUCAGCUUGUGCUCCGGCCGUCAGAGCCCAGCGUCUGCGCGGUCGAGGAGUUCCUCCUGGUGUCUCUGCGCACCUGGGGUUGUGUCCAUCUCCUCGUGUUCUUUGGUUGUUCCUCAUUGGUUUGAUUUUGUGUGAUGGUGGGAAACGAGCACACUUGGCCUCCCCCUGCCCUGCCCCACAGGGCUCGCGAGGGUUCUGCCGAGGCCUGCUGCCCUUCCCCACUAGCUGAAAUGCACCAUCAUGGUCCAGGAAGGGGAGCCCACUCUUCCCCCAUGCUUCCGACUCAGGCUGUGUCUACACAGUGCCUCUGAUUUGGAGACGAGGCCAGAGUGGCUUGCUCUGGUUGAUCCAUCCUAGCGAAUUCUCAGAGCCACGAGCAAGCGGUAGUCUAGACCUGGCUUCCGUCUCCUCUCUGAUGCAGUCUGUGUGACAAUUAGGGCUUGGUCUUAAAAUCCAACUGAGUGAUUUACAAACCCAGAUAUUGUACAUUUAGAAAUGUUUUGUUAAAUAUAUAUUUUUAAGACAAUGUAAGUGGAAAUUCUGAUAAUUUAUGUAUAUUAUAUGUAAAGCUAGUUUUGCAAAAAAGAAAAACCAUGAACUACUAGGAAAAUGUUUUCUUUAAUAGGAUUUAUUUUAUUUAUUUAUUUUUUGUUUAUAUAUUAUGAUGUCUGUCGUUCACACAGAUGUUAUUUUCAUACUGUCCUGGACCAAAUGCCAUUCAAGGUUCGUUCUGUUUGGUGCAUUCUAGCUGUGAAGUGCGUAGAGAAGAGAGCAGGAGGAUUUCUGUGGAUAGAGGAACAGCUCCGCAUCAGACCCUCUUGGUGUAGCUGUAGUGACAGAAUACUGGUUCCUUAGUCUUGUCUGUAGGGAAAAUCAUGAAGGGAUUUUCUCUUCUUUCUCUGUUUUUAAAACUGAUAAAGGGCUCUCUGCUUAAAUGGUCCCCAGACAUUCCUAGUUCCUACUCUUAAGACAUAAGGAACAGCUGGGAGCAGGCCCUGAAAAAGGCCCUGUGCGGUAGCGCGUGGCCCACCACAAGACUUUUCUUUGUGCAAGUGACUGCCUUUCGAUUUCAGAGACCAUUUCUCCCAUGUGUAUGUUGGCCGCUGCUUUGGGCCUGGCAGGAGUGUGGGGCGGAGUUCCCAUCCGCUGCACAUUGUAUACGGUCUGAGUCUUGAGUCUUUGCCUUCAGAAGCCCCAGUGGCCCAUCUUUAGGAACGGUCCCCUGCUUUCUGUUCUGAUUCCAGUCUGGGCAAUUGUGUUCAGUAUCUAUAGGAACAGUAUCCAGAUUCUCUUUGGAAGUGGAAGAAGAUGUUGAGAAAUUUAUUUCACUCAACAUUCACCUUUGUUUCUUCCUGAAAGGACCAGAAAUGUCUUAGCUUUGGGAAUAUCAUUAAUUGCAAAAUGCUGAAUAGUUUGUGGAUCUGUAAUGACCAAGGUAGGCAGGUGAAACCACAUCUAAGGUGGAAUUCAAGCUGUUAAUUUGUAGGUUCAGGGUGUAACAGGAGGUAUUCUCCAAGCGGCUACAUUUUGGUUGUUUGCAUAAAGUGAGUGAAAUCCAUUUACUUACAGUAAAUCUAUCUGGAAUGAAAAAUACCAGGUUAUGUUAAAGUUUACCCUAAGAGCAUUCUCUAGGUAGUGUUUUUUUUUAAAAAUCUUGUACCCCAGUGUCCUCUCUUCACCUAUGAGAAGCUUUCCUACCAACCCUAAUCCCUACCCUAUAUCUCACCCUCCCUAGAGCCCGGGCAGGUCUUUGAGGAAUCGUCAAGGGCCUGGCAACCCCGUCCUCGAAUUCUUUUGGGUUUUGCAGCUAUGGGUAGGAAGCUGAGAGCGCGUCUCCUUAGUGGAGGACUCUUGUGCACGUCCGCCCCACUCCUCCCAUGGUCUCCCCUGCCUUCUGCCACAAUCCUGAUUAUGCCUGACAUCUGGCGUCCUGUGGUGGAGCCAUUGUAGUGCGCAGCCCUACUCCCAGGGGACUUUCUACAGCACUUCUGACAAGGUCCUCAUACCUCCUCGCGGUUAGGAAGUUAGAGCCUAAUGCGGAUGUCACACCUGUGUCUCUUCCCACUCAGAAAUAAGGUAAAUAGGUAGAGGGCAUUGCCGCUCCUUGCUAAGAGUAAAACUGCAUAACUAUGAGAAGGAAGUAGAGUACUUGAAAUAUUAUUCUUGUUUGGUAUAGAUGAAACUAGAAAACGGUCACUCAGAAGCAUGAAAUACCUACUUUCCCUAUAUGAAGUUUAGUAUGAGGGUGGAAAAAUAAUAAUUCCAGUACACUUUGAAUAACGCAGCUCUAUCUCUGAAUAGCCACAUUUAAAAAUAGCCUUGACUAAAUGCUGAAUUGCAUUUCUCAUUAUGAUGGUUAGUUUCAAAACCUUUAAACAACUUUUGAAAAAUUUGUAAACUUUUUUUAAUUUUGAAUUUAGUCAUAUUCAUGAAAUUUUUCCAAUCUAGUUUCUGUGGAAAUUUUUUUAACAAAGAGAAACAAAUAGAAAAAUCUGCAAAUCUUCCUAAGUGGAUAUUUAAAAUGCAGAAUUGCUCCUCUUCUGUGUUUCUGUGUUCAGAUACCUAGAUUUGUUGUAUAUAUUAGUCUAGACAUUCACUAAUAUACACAGUAUUUAAGACUCUAAAGGAGAUUUCUUAAGUAUUUUAUUUUAUUCUCUGUAAAUGGUUUUGUAAAAUCUUUAAAAAAAAUCUACACUUUGCCUUUGUAGAUACAUCUUUGAGGGUUGUCUUGCAUGUAUAUUUUUGUUGUCAAUAAGUGUUGCUUAGUUCUUUCUGCAAAUUUUGGUUCAAAUGCUUAUAGACUUUAAUACAGUAUAUAUUUUCAAAAUAUAAACUUUUAUAUUUCUGUGGUAAGUUAGGAUAUGCGUUUUAGGCAAUCUUUUCCAUUAAUAACACUUGUUCUUUAAAAAAA